UUCAAUAAAAUCAAACUCGUUAGCUAUAUCAUUUAAACGUCUUACACACUUCGCCUUUAUAACUGUAUCAGUUGUUUUCAUUAUCAUCACCUAUAAACGUAAAUACGUCAACUACAAAGAUGAAAUAAUAAAUAAUUCUCUUAAUAUAAGAAGCAAUUAUUUUUCAGAUAAGUUUAUGUAGUAGGUUAUUUCGUGAUAUUCCGUAACAGGAACUUGAAAUGAUUUGGCAAAAAAAGAUUUUAUUGUGUGUUAUUAUCUGGGCGGCAAAAUGUUCAUCCAUUUCUCUGAAUGGAAAGUGGAAUGGUCGGCUGGAACCAACAGGAAUGCCAUUCAUAGCUGAAAUUCCAGGAGGAAUUUAUACAGACUUGGAAACCAACGGCUAUAUUAAAAAUAAUCUUAUGGGCUUCAAUGACCUUAUUAAUAGAGUUGUUGCAAAUGAAACGGUUGUUUAUAAAACUAAUUUUGAGGUCGACAGGGUUCUACUGAAAGCUAAAAAAGUGAUAUUAAUUUUUAAUGGAUUGGAUACUUUUGGAACAAUUUAUGUGAAUAAUGAAGUCAUCGGAAAAGCCUCAAACAUGUUUUUGGAAUAUAAAUACGAUAUCAAAAAUGUUUUAAAGAGUGGAAACAACGAAUUGAAAGUUAUCCUUGAAUCGUCGGUAUUGACGGCAAAAAAGCUUUUCGAUGCCCAAAGUCUCGAUUACGUAGUGUAUCCCAAGUGCGUUCCAGAAGUAUACAACGGAGAAUGUCACGUAAACCAUAUUCGAAAAAUGCAAGCCAGCUUUGGUUGGGACUGGGGUCCAGCUUUUCCGUCAAUGGGUAUAUGGAAAAGCGUUGAUCUUGAACCUGUUGAAUUAGCUUUAAUUUCAAGGGUCACAGCUGACGUAUCGAAAAUCAAUGAUUCAUGGAAAAUAGACGUUUUAAUAUUCCUUGAAUCAUUUGAAAGUACCGAACUUGUUGACAAGUCUAUAAAUGUAGAAUGUGCAAUAAAAGAGUUGAAUUUAAAUUACCGAUCUGAUGUAAAAGUAACUACAAGUGAUAAUAUUACAUCUGCAAGUUACUCGAUAAACGUGCCUUUGAAUGAAAUUGAAUUGUGGUGGCCCAAUGGUUAUGGCAAGCAAAAGUUAUACACACUCAGCUUAAAGAUUGAUAUUGAAAACGUAAUAACCGAAAAAGAACUAAAGCUUGGUUUCAGGACAGUCGAACUGGUUCAAGAACCCUUAAAAAAAGGACUGAGUUUUUAUUUCAAAGUAAAUGGUAUUCCGAUAUUUGCAAAAGGCUCAAAUUGGAUUCCGUCGAGCAUUUUCCCGGAAAAAUUAGAGGACAAAAAAACGUUGACCGAUCUUCUGAAAGCAUCUAAGGAUACUCAUAUGAACAUGAUGAGAGUGUGGGGUGGCGGCGUUUACGAAUCAGAUUUAUUCUAUGAUUUAGCCGAUGAGUAUGGGAUCAUGAUUUGGCAGGACUUUAUGUUCGCCUGUAACAUGUAUCCGAGUACCGAGGAAUUUCUUGAAAACGUGAAAAAUGAGGUGGUACAGAAUAUGUUGAGACUGAAGCACCACCCGAGCAUAGUUAUUUGGGCCGGUAACAACGAAAACGAGGCUGCGCUUUACGGAAAUUGGUACGGAACCGCUGGUCAACGAGUCUAUAGUGAAGAUUACGUGAAAUUGUACGUUGACACCAUUAAAAAAUGGGCUGUCAAAAUUGAUCGUACUAGACCGUUCGUUGUAUCCAGUCCGAGUAAUGGAUUGUACAGUGAGCAAAUGAACUAUACCAACUCUAAUCCUUACUCUAAUCUAUACGGAGAUGUUCAUUAUUACAACUAUUUAAAAAAUAGUUGGGAUAUAAAUCAGUAUCCUAUAACAAGAUUCGCAUCUGAGUAUGGUUUCCAAGCUCUUCCCUCUAUAUGGACACUCAUGUCAGCCAUUGAAAAGUCAACCGAUUUGGAGCUCGGCAGUGAAUUUAUGAAACAUCGGCAGCAUUUGCCCGCAGGAAAUUCGAUUUUCAAAAUACUUAUCUCUAAAAACUUUUUAAUUCCAAAUACUAAUGAUUCUCUGCUGGAUUUGAUAAAUUUCAUUUACCUCACUCAAGUAAAUCAAGCCGUUUCUAUGAGGAUCGAAACAGAAAGUUAUAGGCAAAUGAAGAGUCAUUUCAAUGAUUUGGAUGAAGGGAUGACGAUGGGUGCUUUAUACUGGCAACUGAACGAUGUUUGGCAAGCUCCCUCAUGGUCGUCCAUAGAUUUUCUUGGUCGCUGGAAGAUGUUGCAUUACUAUGUCAAGGAUUUUUUUGCCCCAGUCAUAAUUACAACUAGAUUGGACAAAGCCGAUACAUUAUCCAUUUAUAUAGUAUCCGAUUUAUUGACUCCCUUGUCGAAUAUAACGAUCGAAAUAUUAAUUUAUGAUUGGAGGGUCGCAAAAUUAAUUCAGACGAAAAAAAUAACAGGAAUUAAUAUGGCACCAAACGAAUCGAAACUGGUUACUCAGUAUUGGAUUGUAACUUUUCUACAAGCAGCUGGCUGUGGGUCCGAGGACGAAGCCAAAUUGAAUUGCAUGAUAGAAUUGCUCUUAAAAGAUGCUGAUGACUCUUUGAUAGCUCCAGCAAAUUAUGUUUAUCCUGCUCCAUUAAAAGAUAUUUCACUGCCGCAAGAUUCAGUAGAGGUCAGGGUUUUACCUGAAAAUGUUUUUAACAAAGCACAAAAAGAAUUUGAAAUCGAAGUUACUUCGCAAAAGUUAGCUUUAUUUGUUUGGCUGGAAUUAAAAAGUGUCAAUGGAAGAUUUUCUGAAAAUGGGUUUCAUAUAUUAAUGGGGAAAAAACAAAUAACUUUUUAUGCAGCUGAACCAACCUUCGCCAAAAAUAUUUCGGACGAUCUCAUGGUCACAACACUAUCCCGAAUUUACAAUCCGUCACUCCGAAGUUUCGAUUUACAAAUUAUUGUCGAUGAAAUUAUCAAAUUGAACAACAUUUGACGAAUUAACCUGUUUUCAUUGUGGAAAAUACAUAUCGUAAUGCAUAUAAACUUCAAGGAAUACCAAUAUCAUCAGAACUAUUAACAAUGAGUAGAGGAUUGUGUAAGUUAUUUCAGAGAACAUUUUUAAGAUCAGUUACAGAUGAAUUUUAUUUUAAAAAUUUACAAUUAUUCUUUACAUUAUUUAUAUUUUUAAAAGAGGAUUAUAUG